CUGAUUAUUUCAUUUGUUAUGUCUCAGUUGGUACCGUAAAAUAAAUGACACAUUUGGGUGACGUAGCUCAACAGCAGCUAGUGAGAGCAAAUUCUCAGGAAAAUCAGGUAACUUUGACCUAAUGCUGAGCAAAUUAUUAGAUCUUAACUCUGCAAACACAAACAUACUUAAAUCUCCCGCUGCUAUUCCUCUAUGAGAGGUAUAACCCAUGUUGACUUCACCUCUGUCUAUGCUGGACACUACAGAAUCAACUGUUCCUUUUUCAGUGCUCAAUUGCCCAAAUGUCCUACGGCUUCCAGAGCUGUUCCAUCAAACCCACUGCUACCUGAACAGAAAGAAAACCUCCUACAUCAGCAGCAGCAAUGAGUGAGCUGGCAGCUCUGUGCACGAUGCUGCUUAUGGGCCUGUAAGCAUAACUUUCCCAAGUGGAAAAGGAUCAACAGCCCCAAGAAAGAAAGUCAAAAUAAGGCCAUGAACUUACCCCUCUCCAGGCCUUUGCCUAAGUUCUUCUCUCUUCCUGAAAUGUCUUUUUCUCCGUUUUCUGGAAAAAUUCGACUCAGCUUUCAAGGCCCAACUCGUAUGACAUUCCCACUGACCCCUCUAAUUUGACUAAGUCAAUCCCUCUCCUCUGCACCCUCCUCCACAGAAUUUGUUUUAUCAAACUGGAGUAGAGGUUGCUAUUUGCAUGUUUGUCUCGGCUGCUGGAUCAUAAGGGAAAAGGAUCUUGACUCAUCCUUCCAUGCCAAACACUCGGGACUAUGCCUGAAACCUGAAAGACACUCGCAUGUUUAUUUAAUGAAGCCCAAAAUUCAAGAUCAAAUUUAACAUGUGAUGAAAGAAGUGGAUUGUAUGUGUGUUGGAUUCAUGUCUGCACCUAAAUUCUGAGCCCGUGAAUGCCUUCUUUUUCAUUCCUCGAAGAAGUAAAAUAUAUUCACAUUAAGCAUUUAUUAAAUGCUAGGCCCUGUGCUAAAUACUCUACAUACAUGAUGUCAUUCAAUCCCCAAGACACUCUAUGAAGUAGGUCUUAUCAUCAGUAUCAGCCUCAUUUACAAAUGAGGAAAUUGAGGCUUGGAGAAGUUAAGUAACGCACUUCAAGAUACCGGGCUGGUUGGUGGUGAAGCCAGAAUUAAAAGACAAUACUCCCAGAACUUCAGAGCCAGAAGGAAGCCUAUAAUUAUCUUUCCUCCUUAGCCUUCUUGAAGCUGAGGUUUGUAACUUACUGCCUGGCACAUAGUAGGCCCUUGAAAAUAGUGAUUAAUAGACUGAUGCAGUGCCCUAAUUUCUCAGGUUCUGGCCUUCGCCUGAGAGAGCCCAGCUGCCACCACAAAUAGGCUCUAUUCUUUCUGCCCAACACCUCUCACAGGUGUGAAUUGCUUGUGUCAUCUGAAUUAUUCAUGAUCCACACAAUGGUAAGUGUGCUUAAAAAGAGAACUACAAUGCUGUAUUUUUCAAGACAAAGUGCCUGAUUAAUUGGGGAAUUAGGCAGUAUAAACUCAUGGGCUAGGUUGAUUCAUGCCAAAAAAUACAUCCAUGCCCACUUUUUGAAUUUCAGUUUUUACAUAAUUUCCCAGUUUUCCUUAGGAUUAAAAAUACGGGUAAAUAAAGCAGGAAAAAGAACCAUCAUGGGCAUCUCUAUCCUAUCUGAAAGCAAUUAACAUCAUCUAAAUCUCAUACUGUGUUGUUUCAAACCAAUGUAUUCUUCCAAAGGCUGUUAGGAUUUUCAAUCAGGCUUCUUAAGCUACAUCAAGAUCUGGAAAUUCAGAUGCCACAGCAGCUGUAAUUCAUGCCACCAGUAAAUCAUGUGACACCACCACCUCCUUGUCCUUUCUCCUUUCGUCUUUUCUUUUGCCCCACCAGUUCAUUGUCUAGUGGGCAGUUUUCUGAGAGGAAUAACCAUAUGCUAAUAGAAAGCCAACACCACUGUAUUUUCAAUUCAAUGUUAGUCAACCAAAAUGAAUUGAAAAACAGCAGCAGUGGUUUGAGGGUACUAAAAAUAAACUGUAGCAUUUGCUGAGUUCUCAGAAUUAAAACCACGGCGGUCAACUUGUUGCUGCUCUUAAUAAGAUAUGACUUCUGCCUCAUUGGCUGCUACUACUAGAAACUUGAACUAUGUCACACACCUAACAACGACGUGUUUUCGAUUAGUUGGCAGUGAUCGAGAAAGGAAGUGCCAUUUCCCAGGAACUAAACCUGCCAAGAAAGAUAACAGAUGGCUUUCAAGUGAUCACCUUGUACCACAUCACAAUUGCACCUUAGUCAAAUUCACCUUGCAUUUAUGAUUUAGUGAGUUACACAUCGAAAGCUGUGGUUGCCUUUAUGCUCUGCUUGCUCUCCAAUGCCUCCAAAAAGGUGUUUAUUCCUUUGAGUUUAAUUUGUGAAUAAUAAUAAAAACAGCCCAAUGGGACUUAAUACAAUAUUAAUAUAUUGAACACUUCCAUUAGGACUUCAUGACCUUCUUGACCCUUAAAUACCGUAUACUACACUAAAUGUCUUAUCAGCUGUCCUUUUGGGUUUGUCAUUAAAGUUUUCAAUGACCAGAGAGGUAGAGGAAUUCUACCUAAUGCAUCAUUCUGAUUAGAAACCUGUCAUACUCAGAAACCAGUAGGUCUGCUUCUAUUGAUUCCUACUCUUUCAGAUUCAUUAGCAAUUUUUUUCUCUUCAAUUAGACCCGAGGAUCAACCAUAGAAAAGCUGAAAGAAGCCUUCCCUUUGCUCAACCAUACUUAAAAGGAAAAAAAAAAAUGUAUGCCUUGCUGGUGAAAUUACAGACAGUAUUAUUAGAAAAUGUCUAAGGAGUCUCUCUCUCUCUCUCUCUCUCUCUCUCUCUCUCUCUCUGUCUCUCUCUCUCUCUCUCUCUCUGUCUCUCUGUCUCUCUCUCUCUCACACACACACACACACACACACACAACUUGUAAAUAUGCCAAGAGUCAGAGGCUGGGCUCGACCUCCCUUCCCCUAACCCACUUCAAUCAGGAUCAGAAAGACACAUCCCUUCAUCGCUGCUGUCUCAAACCCAUGCCCAAGCGAGUGUCUCCACAGAGCUAAUUUCUGAAACAAACAAAGAAAAUCAAGUCUGCGAGGAACGAGGGUUUGCUCCCCUCUGCUCCGGAUUUGGGUGUCCAGGGUAGCGGACGAGGCACGGCAAACAGGUCGGGGCGCUCAGCUUGACCUCAACCUUCUCCGCCCCGCCAGCCCCCGCUCCAGCUGCGCCAGAAAGUGCGAGCCUGCCCGCUCCUUUCGCUUUUCGCCCGCUGCACCCCAAGCCCGAGAACACCCGCGUCCGCACACUAAGGGCACCACCGCUCUCCCACCUCUGCGCUGUCAGAUGUCAGGCGCGGAGGUGCUCUGGGCACCGAGGUGCUAGCGAACCAAACAAGUGUCACCCCAGAUGCCUGCCCCCACUCCAAGAGAGCGGGCGGGACGGCCACAGGCUUGAUUGCUGUAAAUUAAACACAUCAGUGACAGGGGCACCAGCUGCACAACGCUAGGAGCCACCAAACACAGUGUAUUCUACAUAAAUGUUGCUGCCAGGAGCCCCAGUUCAAACUACAAUACCCUGAGAGAUGGUUGGCGCCAUGUGGAAGGUGAUUGUUUCGCUGGUCCUGUUGGCGCCUGGCCCCUGUGAUGGGCUGUUUCGCUCCCUCUACAGAAGUGUUUCCAUGUCACCUAAGGGAGACUCAGGACAGCCAUUGUUUCUCACCCCUUACAUUGAAGCUGGGAAGAUCCAAAAAGGAAAAGAAUUGAGUUUGGUCAGUCCUUUCCUAGGACUGAACAUGAAGAGUUAUGCCGGCUUCCUCACCGUGAAUAAGACUUACAACAGCAACCUCUUCAUCUGGUUCUUCCCGGCUCAGAUACAGCCAGAAGAUGCCCCAGUAGUUCUCUGGCUACAGGGUGGGCCAGGAGGUUCAUCCAUGUUUGGACUCUUUGUGGAACAUGGGCCUUAUGUUGUCACAAGUAACAUGACCUUGCGUGACAGAGACUUCCCCUGGACCACAACGCUCUCCAUGCUUUACAUUGACAAUCCAGUGGGCACAGGCUUCAGUUUUACUGAUGAUACCCACGGAUAUGCAGUCAAUGAGGACGACGUAGCACGGGAUUUAUACAGUGCACUAAUUCAGUUUUUCCAGAUAUUUCCCGAAUAUAAAGAUAAUGACUUUUAUGUCACUGGGGAGUCUUACGCAGGGAAAUAUGUGCCAGCCAUUGCACACCUCAUCCAUUCCCUCAACCCGGUGAAGGAGGAGAAGAUCAACCUGAAAGGAAUUGCUAUUGGAGAUGGAUAUUCUGAUCCCGAAUCAAUUAUAGGGGGCUAUGCAGCAUUCCUGUACCAAAUUGGCUUGUUGGAUGAGAAGCAGAAAAAGUACUUCCAGAAGCAGUGCCACGAAUGCAUAGAACACAUCAGGAAGCAGAACUGGUUUCAGGCCUUUGAAAUACUGGAUAAACUACUAGACGGCGACUUAACAAGUGAUCCUUCUUACUUCCAGAAUGUUACAGGAUGUAGUAAUUACUAUAACUUUUUGCGGUGCACGGAACCUGAGGAUCAGCUUUACUAUGUGAAACUUUUGUCACUCCCAGAGGUGAGACAAGCCAUCCACGUGGGAAAUCGGACUUUUAAUGAUGGAACUGUAGUUGAAAAGUACUUGCGAGAAGAUACAGUACAGUCAGUUAAGCCAUGGUUAACUGAAAUCAUGAAUAAUUAUAAGGUUCUGAUGUACAAUGGCCAACUGGACGUCAUCGUGGCAGCUGCCCUGACAGAGCGCUCCUUGAUGGGUAUGGACUGGAAAGGAUCCCAGGAAUACAAGAAGGCAGAGAAAAAAGUUUGGAAGAUCUUUAAAUCUGACAAUGAAGUGGCUGGUUACGUCCGGCAAGUGGGUGACUUCCAUCAGGUAAUUAUUCGAGGUGGAGGACAUAUUUUACCCUAUGACCAGCCUCUGAGAGCUUUUGACAUGAUUAAUCGAUUCAUUUAUGGAAGAGGAUGGGAUCCUUAUGUUGGAUAAACUACCUUCCCAAAAGAGAACAUCAGAGGUUUUCAUUGCUGAAAAGAAAAUUGUAAAAACAGAAAAUGUCAUAGGAAUAAGAAAAUUAUCUUUUCAUAUCUGCAAGAUUUUUUUCAUCAAUAAAAAGUAUCCUUGAAACAA